AUGAACUCCGCUUACGAAUACAUCUUCAAUGGCGACUAUCUCAACACGCUGCUGGACGGCGGGUACCUGCCGCAGGCGGUGAUCCGGAUUGGGAUCCGGCAGCAGCUGAAGCAGCGGCUAGCCGAGAUCGCGUCCACGACGCUCGAGGCGGCGUAUUCACGCAAGAUGGAGUACGUGUCGCUGCUACGCAUGCGGCCCAUCGCCGUCGAGACGGCGGCCGCCAACGAGCAGCACUACGAGGUCGGCACCGGCGUGCUGAGUGCCUGUCUCGGUCCCCGCAUGAAGUACUCUUGCUGCUUGUACCCGAAGGGCGGCGAGACGCUGGCGCAGGCUGAGAUGGCCAUGCUCAAGUUGUACGUCGAAAGAGCUCAGCUGAAGGAUGGGAUGAGCAUUCUCGAUCUCGGCUGCGGCUGGGGAUCUGCGUCGCUGUUCUUUGCCGAAAUAUUCCCCAACAGCUCUAUUACGGCUUUCUCCAACUCUCGCACCCAGAAAGAGUACAUUGACUCCUGCGCCAAGGAGAAGGGUUUGACGAACCUGACAGUCAUCACCGGAGAUGUGGUGGACUAUGACUUUGAGCCCUCACAGUUUGACCGCGUGGUUUCCAUUGAGCUGUUCGAGCACAUGAAGAACUACGAGCUCUUGAUGGCCAAGGUGGCUUACGCCCUCAAGCCGGGCGGGAAACUGUUUGUGCAUAUAUUUGCGCACAAAAGCACGCCGUACGACUUUGAGAGUGGUUGGAUGACGGAGCAUUUCUUCACCGGCGGAACCAUGCCGAGCACAGAUCUGCUUCACUACUUCCAAAGGGAUCUUUACCUGCAGGAACAGUGGUGGGUCAAUGGCAAGCAUUAUGCGAAGACAUGCGAGGACUGGCUAUCGAAGAUGACCGCUCACAAGAAAGAAAUCUGGCCCCAUUUGAAAGCGACGUACGGGAAAGAGAGUACCACGACAUGGUACAACCGGUGGCAGAUUUUCUACAUGGCUUGCGCAGAACUAUUCGCGUAUGAGAAUGGGGAGACAUGGGGCGUUUCCCACUAUCUGUUUGAGAAGCCAACCGAUCGGGUUGCGUGA